GCUGCCUCUAUCCCAGAUUACCGUGGUCCUAAUGGAGUGUGGACGCUGCUUCAGAAAGGGAGAAGCGUGAGUGCUGCUGACCUGAGUGAAGCUGAGCCUACCCUCACACACAUGAGCAUCACCCGUUUACAUGAGCAAAAGCUGGUGCAGCACGUGGUGUCUCAGAACUGUGACGGGCUCCACCUUCGGAGCGGCCUGCCACGCACGGCCAUCUCAGAACUCCACGGGAACAUGUAUAUCGAAGUGAGCAGUCUCACGGGGAUGCAGGGCCUGAGUGCCAGGCAGGCCCACUCACUGUGCCCUCUUGUUCUCAGGUCUGCACCUCCUGCAUCCCCAACCGGGAGUAUGUGCGCACGUUCGAUGUGACAGAGCGUACUGCCCUCCACCGGCACCAGACAGGCCGGGCCUGCCACAAGUGUGGGACUCAGCUCCGGGACACCAUUGUGCACUUUGGGGAGAGGGGGACAUUGGGGCAGCCCCUGAACUGGGAAGCAGCCACUGAGGCUGCCAGCAGAGCAGACACGAUCCUGUGCUUAGGCUCCAGCUUGAAGGUACUGAAGAAAUACCCUCGCCUAUGGUGCAUGACCAAGCCCCCCAGCCGGCGGCCCAAGCUCUACAUUGUGAACCUACAGUGGACCCCAAAGGACGACUGGGCUGCCCUGAAGCUUCAUGGGAAGUGUGAUGAUGUCAUGCAGCUGCUCAUGGGUGAGCUGGGCCUGGAGAUUCCCCUCUACAACAGGUGGCAGGAUCCCAUCUUCUCCCUGGCGACGCCCCUGCGUGCUGGUGAAGAAGGCAGCCACAGUCGGAAGUCGCUGUGCAGGAGCAGAGAAGAGGCCCCGGCCGGGGAGCAACGGGGAGCCCCUCACAGCUCAGCGUCCAUCCGGGGGGGCUGGUUUGGCAGGGGCUGUGCUAAACGGGCAAAACGGAAGAAGGCGGCGUGACCUGUUGCUGCGGGAAGAACAGUUGGCACUUUGCAGGUGGCGGGCGGGAGCUGCCGGGCCCCUCACCGCGCCGGCCGGCGGGCUGCCCCGUCCCUGCGGGCAGGCGGCCGCCCAGGGCUUGCCAGCAGGGCCGCGCCGGCCCGCCGCCAGUCUCAGGGCCCCUUCCUACCGCUCCCCACUGCGUCGAUCACUUUAUAGAAACUUACGCCAGGGGCGGUUCCGAGCCUUGAUUA